AUUUUGUUCACGGACGCUGGGGACGGUGGGAGCAGAUCCAUUUCCGGGUUGGCAAAAGGGGCGGCAGCGGCGAGAAAGAGAGCUUGCCGGGGGGCGAGCGGGACAGGACGAAGCUGGAGCGGAGGUGGCGGAGGAUCCGUUCCUGGAGCAGCGGCGGCCAGGUAUAUGAGUGACCUAAAGCUGCAAAUAAAGGCGGAGAGAGAGCAGUGCCAACUGGGAGCAGCAGGUCAAGGAUGCCAAUUCCUCCUCCCCCUCCACCCCCACCUGGUCCUCCUCCACCCACUUUUAAUCAGGCAAACACAGAGCAGCCCAAGCUAAGUAGAGAUGAGCAGCGGGGUCGAGGUGCCCUCUUACAGGACAUUUGCAAAGGGACCAAGCUGAAGAAAGUGACCAACAUUAAUGAUCGGAGUGCUCCCAUCCUCGAGAAGCCCAAAGGAACCAGUGGUGGUUAUGGCUCUGGAGCAGUUGCCCUGCAGCCCAAGGGAGGUCUCUUCCAUGGAGGAGUGCCGAAGCUCCGACCUGUGGGAGCCAAGGAUGUUUCAGAGAACCUAGCUGCUAAGCCAAGUUCUCGAGCUGCCGCCCCAAGGCCUCCAGUGUCUAUAGCCAGCGGACGUCCUCAAGAUGAUACAGACAGCAGCCGAGCCUCACUUCCAGAACUGCCCCGGAUGCAGAGACCCUCUUUACCGGACCUCUCUCGGCCUAAUACCACCAGCAGUACAGGCAUGAAGCACAGCUCCUCUGCUCCUCCCCCACCACCCCCAGGGCGGCGUGCCAAUGCACCCCCUACACCUCUGCCUAUGCACAGCAACAAAGGUCCAGCCUACAACAGAGAGAAACCCUUGCCGCCGACACCUGGACAAAGGCUUCACCCUGGUCGAGAGGGACCUCCUGCUCCACCCCCAGUCAAACCUCCUCCUUCCCCUGUGAAUAUCAGAACGGGACCAAGUGGCCAGUCUCUGGCCCCUCCUCCUCCACCUUACCGCCAGCCUCCUGGGGUCCCCAAUGGACCCUCCAGUCCUACUAAUGAAUCAGCUCCUGAGAGCAGCUUGGCCCGCAAGCCUGGGCACGCAAGGCAGCAUGAGGAACUGAGCAGGGAGUGA